AUGGGAAAGCCAAAGACAAAAGAAAGACGCUCCUCCGCAAAUGGCGUGCCGAAUACAGCUUCGGAAAUGCCUGCAAACCCCCUCACUCUCAAUGCAGAUUCGCUUCCCGACCUCUCUCUCAGCGUCCUCGCCAAAUUGAAGAGGCGUAUUGAACAAGGUUUCCAAGACCAGGAACCUCAGUCACAAAAGGAUAAAAAGGUGUCUUUGAGUGAAUUGAAACAGAAGACAAAUGCAGGCCCGCAAUCAGAGCCUAAGGCCGUCAACAAAAAAGGGAAGAAACGGGACAGGAACGGGGAAAUAAUAGCUCCUCAAGAAGGCAAGGAAAAGCCAAGGUCCAAAUUUGACGAAAGAGGAGAAAAUGGAAACUUAUUGGAAAAUGAAAUAUACGCCAUCGGCGGAACUAAGGAGGACUAUGAUCUCCUUGCUGAUGUCGAAUCCGAUUCGGAGAUGGAAAUCUUUGAGGAUACCCCAAGGAAAUACAGUGCGAAGGCGGUUAAUGAACAUACUCUGCGCAAUGACAUAGAAAAGAUGCUGAAAGGGGAUAAUCCGUCUCCACCUCCAAAACCUGCAAGUAAGAAGGCUGUGGUUGCCGAUAUUGUCCCCAUUGAUCCCAAGCCAGCAAAGGAAUCCAAGUCACUCCAGCAGGUCAAGCCAUCAAAGGAAGCCCCAAAGCAAAAUACUCUGAAGAAGCCAAACCCGAAUCAGGAGGAGGUCUCCGUCCCUGGAAGGCUGGCGCAGCAGCGCGAUACACGAUCAUCCAACUUGGCUAUCGACCCUCGACCAGAUUGGUAUUCCAUACCUUUGCCCGAAGUCUCUCUCGAAUCGAAAAAGUGUAGCGGCAUCUCCCGACAGAUCUGGGAUCGUAUUCGAGAAUAUGCUGCAUCGUUACUUGACUCGGAAAACCAAGCCUUUGCAACUUCACAACAAUCCUCCUCAUCCCAUAAAUUCUAUUCCACGAUCGUUUCCUCUGGGACCUUGAGUGAUAAAGUAUCGGCGUUAACACUUGCGGUACAAGAGUCACCUCUACACAAUGUAAGAGCACUGGAGAACCUUAUUGGACUGGCUAAAAAACGAAGCCGAGCUCAAGCUAUUGAGGUUCUCAGAUCUCUAAAAGAUAUAUUUGCCCAAGGCACCCUUCUCCCCAGCGAUCGGAGACUAAAAUCACUUAUCAAUCAACCGGCGUUGGUGUCUGCCUUCGACGGUGUUUCAAGUAACUGGACGUCUUCCAACCCCUUACCAAAAGGGUUGGAGCGCAGCCACCUCAUUGUUUGGGCCUUCGAGGACUUUCUAAAGGAGCAAUACUUUGAGGUACUGAAAAUCCUCGAAAUUUGGUGUAACGAUGAAAUCGAGUUUUCAAGAUCCAAGGCACUGUCGAAUCCCAACAUUCUUUUCCGCCCAGGGCAAAGCCAGCACGCCAAGUAUUAUGCAAUUAUCACACUCAAUCAGACCAUCUUGAGAAGUGGCGAAGAAAAUGUGGCAACGAAACUUCUCGAUAUCUAUUUUGCUCUUUUCGUUACUCUAUUGAAGCCAACCAAGAGCUCGACCAGUAACUCCGAACGUAAGCAUGGGAAACACGAUGCAAAAUCUAAAAAGCGACAUGGUGGCGCUGCGAUCCCAAAAGGCCAGGCUCAGGAAACUGAGCUGCAUGAGAAGUUGACUGCUGCUGUUUUGACUGGAGUCAAUCGAGCUUACCCGUUUACUAGCUCUGAUGUCGAAAAACUUUCGAGGCAUAUUGACACCUUAUUCCGUAUCACUCAUUCCUCAAAUUUCAACACGAGUAUCCAAGCCUUGGUGCUUAUCCAGCAGCUGUCGUCGUCUCACCAAGUGUCGUUGCAUCGAUUUUAUCGAACGCUAUACGAGUCCCUACUCGACCCCCGACUGUCUACAUCUUCGAAGCAAUCGAUGUACUUAAAUAUCUUGUAUAAAUCGCUGAAGGCUGACUUCAACGUUAAACGAGUUAAGGCUUUCGUGAAAAGACUAGUUCAAACCCUAUCACUACAUCACCCACCUUUCAUUUGCGGGGUAUUUUAUUUAAUAAGGGAACUUGAAAAGGCUUUCCCCAACCUGUCUGCCCUCAUGGACGAGCCAGAGAACAUCGAAGACGACGAUGAGGAGGUUUUCAGAGAUGUUCCCGAGGACGGAGAACAACCUGUAGACCAGACGCCAGUGGAUGAAGGGAAGAAGGUUGAAAAUAGAUACGACCCUCGUAAAAGAGACCCCGAACAUAGCAACGCCGAUAGAAGUUGUCUCUGGGAACUACUGCCUUACCUUGCUCAUUUCCAUCCUUCCGUGUCUGUCAAUGCUUCGCAUCUAUUGCACCACGAACCGAUGUCUGGCAAGCCGGAUCUCUCUAUUCAUACUCUUACACAUUUCUUAGACCGAUUCGUCUAUCGCAAUCCCAAGGCGACUCCCAGAAUGCGAGGAGCUUCCAUUAUGCAGCCGCUCGCUGGAGGCGAAAGUAAAGGCUUAUUAAUCACAUCUGGAGGAAUGGCCAAAGCCCAUGAACCAGUGAACAGGGAAGAAUUCUGGAAAAAGCAAAGCGACGAAGUCGCUGCUGAAGAUGUCUUUUUCCACGAGUAUUUCAAUCGCAUGGAUAAGGAUAACCUGCGCAAACAGAAGUCAAAAAAGAAGCUAGGUGCGCGAGAAAAGGGUGAGGAUGAGAGCGAUGCUGAGUCGGAGAUUUGGAAGGCUCUUGUUCAUUCUCGACCGGAACUUGAGGGCGAGGGUGAGAGUGAGGAUGGUAUCGACAUUGAUGAUUUUGCAUCCGCCAUGGGCGAUGAAGAAGAUGAUGGGCUUGGUGACGUUGAAAUGGGCGAUAUGGAAAGCCUUGAUGAUGACGAGGAAGCCGAGGUAAUAUUUAACGAUGAGAGUGAUGAGCCAGAGGUUGAGGUGGAGCAAAGUGGAAGGGAUUCGGCACAGGAUAUUGACAGUUUCGGAGGUUUUAUGGAUGAAGAUGCGCUUGAAAUGGACGUCUCAGAUGAAGACGCGUUCCGAGGUAGUGAUGAUGAUUUGCCUUCUGAUCUGGACAAUGGGGUUGAAGAGCUACUCGCUGAAACUUCGGGUAAAGGAAACAAAUCUACGAGUAGACAGAAGAGGAAGAAACUCAAGCAUCUUCCUGUUUUCGCGUCUGUGGAUGAUUAUGCUGCCUUACUGGCGGAUGAAAACCCGGAUGAUGGUAUAUGA